AUACAUCGGGCGAAAACCUUAGCCGUGUUCGACUCCGUUCUACGAGAUCAGAAAUUCUGAUCCAUUGAGGUGCUCAUCUCUCGCGAAUCCUCAAUCCUUCAGGAGGAAAUUACCUGAAGAGAUGGCACAGCUUCUGGACUUCAACAUCUUCGGCCAAGAGGAUUACAAAUAUCCUCUGGGAGAGCUCAGUACAUCGGACAGAGGAUCGAUGAGCCUCACACAGAAGCUCGCCGUAGACGUCGACCGUCUCCGAUUGACUUACGGGUACGGAAAUUACGCUUUAGACGUCCUCAAAGGCAUCGACCUCACGGUUCCUGAAGGCAAAAUAUAUGGACUUCUCGGUCCCAGCGGUUGUGGAAAAACCACUCUGCUCAAAUGCAUCGUGGGCCGUUUGAAACCUCAAGGAGGAAUGGUCCGAGUCUUCGAUCAGAUUCCUGGUUCGCCGGGAUCGUGUAUUCCAGGACCGGGAGUCGGCUACAUGCCACAGGAACCCGCGCUGUAUCAGGAGAAGACCAUAUACGGCAACCUACAUCACUUCGGGCAACUCUAUGGAAUGCCUGAAGAACUUAUCCAAGAGCGCAUCCGCUUCCUCUUGGAUUUUCUCGACCUCCCGAGGCCCUACAAAAAGGUGGGCAAGCUCUCUGGCGGUCAACAGAGACGAGUGUCUCUCGCCGUUGCUUUGAUUCAUGAGCCUCCUCUCCUGAUUCUCGAUGAACCCACGGUCGGGGUCGACCCGCUCCUACGACUGGCGAUCUGGAACUAUCUCGUGACCUUGACACGCGAGAAAGGUAUGACGGUCAUCGUGACCACUCACUACGUCGAGGAAGCUCGACAGGCACACAUGGUGGGUCUCAUGAGGUCGGGUCGAAUGCUGGCCCAGGACUCACCCGACCGACUCAUGGAGGAUUUCCGUUGUGGAAGUCUCGAAGACGUCUUCCUGCAACUCUGCAUUGCAGCUGAUAAGGAAAAACUUUCGGUCGCUCAGCAAAAGAAUCUCGAGGUGGUCGGUCUCAAAAUCGAGGAUAAGGACCUCAGCGCCAAAGAGCUCGAGGGAGAGUCAGAACCUAACGCGCGGAAUAUUUCCUUCCAGACGCCUUCGCUGUGCGCGCUUCCGCCGGACGUCGCGAGACGUAUUCCGUCGGGAGGAGCACAAAUCGAUCCUGAUUCGAGGCGUCGCGACACGUUCUGGGAAACUUCAUCGCGACAGCGCGUACCCGCGCUAGUGAAGAAGAACAUAACUCGGCUGAGGAGCAACUACCCCUUCCUCUUGUUCACGUUCCUUGUGCCGUCGUUCCAAGUAAUUUUGUUCUGCCUUUGCAUCGGAGCGGAUCCUUAUGAUCUGCCCGUGGCCGUGGUGAAUGCGGACGCAAACCCGAGACACUCCCAAGCUUUCCUCGACACGAUCCCGGGGCGAACGAUCAUCCAACGACCAUACUCUGGCCUCGGUUCCGCGCUCGCCAGCGUGGAACGUGGCGAAACGUAUGGCGUCAUUCACAUCGGACCCAACUACUCCAAGACCCUGAAAUAUCGGUUCCUGUCGGGGAUCGAUGCCGAUAAUGUCACUCUCGAAGAAUCUACGAUUGAUAUUCACAUGGACAUGACCAACCAACAAAUUGGUUUCAUACUACAGAAGACUAUCUUCGAGUCCUUCGUCACAUUCUGUGAGGAGCUCCUCCGAGAUAUGAACAAGAACGUUGCUCUGGCUCAACUUCCGGUCCGGGUCAAAGAUCCUGUCUACGGCAAUGGGAAACCGAGUUUCACCGAAUUCAUGGCACCAGGAAUCAUUCUCUCGAUUACCUAUAUCAUGGCCGUAGCUCUAACGUCCAUUUCGAUCAUCAUGGAGAGCCGCGAAGGUACCAUGGAACGUUGCUGGGUAGCCGGCGUGAAACCCUUUGAAGUCGUUGGGUCUCACGUCAUAUCCCAGUUCUGCGUCAUGAGCGUCCAGGUGGCAUCGCUGCUCUUCUUCAUUUUCGCAAUAUUCGGGAUUCCACUCGAGGGGUCAUUCAUCAACGUCGUCUUCCUGACCUUCACUCAAGGCCUCACCGGAAUGACGUAUGGGCUCGUCAUCUCGUCUGUUUGCAGUGAAGAGCAAUCCGCGAUGAUGUUGGCCCUCGGCACCUUCUACCCGAAUCUGCUCUUGAGCGGAAUAAUCUGGCCAGUACAAGCGAUGCCGAGUGUCGUCCGCUACGUCGCCUACGGACUCCCUCAGACUAUCCCCACCGAAGCGCUGCGCUGUAUCAUGUACCGCGGUUGGGGGGUAGAUAAGUACGAAGUUUGGCUAGGCUUCGUUGUGUCCAUUGGUUGGUCGACUUUCUUCCUGCUCUUCGCCACUGUCGCAUCCAAAGCUCGGAAGUGAGCGCAGUGGCGACCUUUGGGAGUCUAGUCAUGUGAUGUUUAUUGAAUAAUAUAUAUUCAAAAUGACUCGCAGUAAUGUCAAUAAAAUUCA